CACCUCUUCUAUAAAAGCCGCCGGACUAUGAUUAUCUAUGAGGAAACACAUAUAAAACCAAGAAGAUCGAGAAUCUGUGUUCUAAAGUACUCAGGACGCGAGUCAUUCUACAGAAAUGGAGCACGUUUUAACCACAUCCCGCCUCAAGCUCACGCUCAUCACGCAAGCCGCACGAGGCAGCGAUGAACUGAAAUGGCUACACGAACUACGCAGUAACAAACAGUCCACACUUUGGAGCAUGAGCGGACCCAGUAAAACCCUCGAAGAAACCGAAAACGUCAUAGCAAACUACGUGCCCGAUCCCAUCUCCGAUGCCCCACCCACCGCAGAUGCCGUGCAGAAACUCUACAAGAUAGCUUACGCUGUGCACGAGAUUCUCUCGGUCCCCGACACCCCGAGCACGGCCGAGGAAACCAGAUUCAUCGGCCUAGUAAAUCUCGUCUCGCUCGCAGGCAAGCAUCUGCCUCUGCCGCCGCACCUCGUCAUCCCGGCCGAAGACGAGAAAAUGACUCUGGUUGUCGAGCUCGCGUACUCGUUUCUGCCCCCGGGGUGGGGCAAGGGUUACGCAACUGAGGCGCUGACGGCGGUCCUAGACGCGUGUCGUUCGCCGAAGAGCAGGGAGUUCUGGCAGCCCUGGGAGAAGGUGUGGAUGCGUGCUAUUGUGAAUGGGCGGAACCUCGCAAGCCAGAAGGUUAUGAGGAAGAUGGGACCUUGUGGAGUGUCGGAGAGGGGUGUGUUUGAGUGGAAAGGUGAGCCGAUCUUUAUUGGUGGGGAGUGGAUGACUGAGGAUGAUUUGCACAUCUUUGGCGGUUAUUUGAAGGAGUAAGUCGAUGGGCAGCCGGUGGAUUGCGAAUAGUGCUUUCGUCAGAAGCCUUAAUAGGAGUCCGAGUAUGUCACCACAACGAAGGACAGCGCAAUUUAGCUUCCAGAUAUUGUUAUCAUUGAAUCGACAGUCUUGAGACACUAGCGUACAACAUUUGC